AUGGCGGGGGAGUGCCUUAUAUGCGUCGCGGAAUCCCAGGUGUGCAAUUCAGGUUGGCGAGCCUUUAACCAAGCCCACAAGAACAUGGACCAGAUUUUCUUACACACACAAAAUGUGCCAACCUACAUCACGAGAACUGUACAGAUACUUCUCCAGAAUGAUGAUGUCCUUGUUAAAAGCCUUCUCCCUGAUACAUUAGAUAGCAUUGCCAACAUAUCAACCAGCUGUGUAGAACUGGCCAAAUCUGUUGAAAGUAAGUUCCUUGAUGUCACUGAAUUGAUUACAGAGCUUCUAGAGAGCUGCACAUGCGCCAAACAGAAAUAUGGCAGUCACCUGAAAGAGGUUAGGGAGAUGCUGGAGGACGAAAAAUGCAAGAAAACCAUGCUACAGGAGGAAAAUAGACAAGCUGAAGAGGCAUUUAAGAAACAUGGCAAGGAGCUUGAAGAGGCUAAUAAAAACUUCCAAAAGGCUAUCGACUCCAUGCCGUCAGGAUGGGACAUCAUCGGAAUGAACUUUAGAAAAUUUGUGAACAGGGCAUUACCAUCUGCUCUCACCUGUGCAUUGGCUCCUGAGGGCAAGCAUGACGAUGAUGCCAAGAACAAAGAACUGAUCCAGAGAAUCAGGAAGCUAAUGACCUCUGCACAGAAGUUUGAUUCCUCAGGAAAAAAAUACACAAAAACAUCUGCCUUUUCUGUUAAUCUGCCCGGAAUGAGCAAAGCACGAAGCGCAAGUCAGACUGUGACAGAAAAUGCCCGCUUCCGCAUAGAGCAGAUGAAAGCCCAGCUUGCAAGAGCCAGCGAGAUGUAUGAAAAAUCCCUGGAAAAAAUGGAGGAAAACAAAAGAGGGCUAGCCAAAACCCUCAACAAAAUGAGAAACCUUCAUGUCGAGGAGAUUGACUUUGACACCACCAUCAGGAUGCUGGCUGAAGGUCUAAAUGCAAUGGGAGAGCUGCAGGAGAAAUGGCAAAAGAUGUUGCAAUUCUUCCAGAUGGUGUCAAACAUCAUUGACACCUGUCUGAAGACAUCCCUGCAGGAUUUUGUCAAAACAGCCAGGAAUACACACCUGAAAUAUGACUCAAGUAUAUUCUUGAAGGAUAUGAUAUACCAACAGGCAUUUCAAGCUUCCAACAUUGCACACCUGGUGAAUAUGAUUUCUGGAACCUACACUGAGGUCUCCAGCAAGUACUUGAUGGACAGAGUCGGCAGCCUAGGAAGACUCAUGGCUUUGGAUCCCAAAGACCCACGUUUCAAAGAUGAACGCCAAAUAUUGGCUGCAUCUUGUGAUGAAGCCGAAAAUGAAAUCAAAGCUCUUGUCCUGAAGAACAAGGAACUUUACAAGGCAAGGACCAAAGCAAGACUUGAGAAAAUUGAAUAUGAGCUAAAUGCAGUAUUACCCCCACCAUCUGAAAAGGAAACAAAUAAACUGCGAGAGAUAGUGGCCUCUGGAUUCCAGGACAACCCCGAGGAUAUUGAUCAGUUUGAAUAA